CAUUAGUUGCGUGCCGACCGCCGAGCCGAACGUACAUGCCAGCUGUUUUCGCGUAGUACAUUUCGUUGUUAACCUUCGUAGUUGAAAAGUGGGAAAAGUUCAUGUGUAUUUCAGUGCCUCUGAGUUUUCGUAAAAAAUAAAGGGGUGUAUGAUUGAGCGUUAUUGUGAUGGUUAACGGUUGUUUUGGCGGGAAGUACAUUUGUUCCACUGUGUUAGUACAAAUGCCACCGUUGGUGAGGGGCAGUAAACGUCAGAAGUGAGAAAAAUGUGUGACCAGAAAAUGUGUAAAAAUAAUAUACAUAUCAGUGCGUACAAAACGCGAGUGGUGUUAAAAAUCAAGACAAUGUGCGUUUAAAGAUUCGAUCACGACGUUGAAUCUAUCCGAGUGGGGGUCGCUGGCGACCACGACCAGCGAUGGUAUGGACGUUGUACUGGGGAAUGACAGUGACGAGUGGUGGAACGCGACGACGACUGAAGGGCCGGAUCUUUACAACUUCUGGGCAUGGAGCAUCGUCGACGGAGCGCUAAUGUUGCUCAUAGUCAGCGGCAACACCCUUACCAUACUAGCAGUCACCAUGAGCCGCCGCUUAUCGUCGCUUGUCUCCAACCAAUUCGUGCUAAAUCUGGCAAUAUCGGACCUAAUGGUGGGUCUCACGCUACCCUACCAUCUCGUAUUCUAUCUGGACGACGAAUUCGGAAAAAUCAAAUGGUCAUGUUUGAUGAGGUUCAUACUCAUAAUACUCGCGUGCCUCGCCUCCAUUUACAACAUCAUAGCCAUCGCUGUCGACAGAUAUAUAGCGAUCGUACAUCCGCUACACUACAGCCGAUACAUGACAAAGCUAAUAACCCGACUUUUGAUGAGCGCAACGUGGUCCGUUGCGGUGUGCAUAAGUUCAAUACCGAUGUUUUGGAACGAUUGGCACGAUGGCGUAGCUUGCGAAAUGAAUAUGGUGGUACCAAAGACAUACACGACGAGCAUACUGGCACCGAUGUUCUCUCUCAUUUGGAUGGUGAUGUUCAUUUUGUAUUGGAGGAUAUGGCGCGAGGCCACGUGCCAUGCACGCCGCAUGCGGGCCAACACGUGCUGUCCUACUGGAGCCAACGAUUGGAAGAGUAUACAGGUAGUUCUGCUCGUCCUCGGAUCAUUCUCUAUAUGUUGGAUGCCAUUCGUCGUAGUUGCGUGCGCACAAACACUUCCCAUCAUACCACUGCACAACCCCAUCGUGUAUCGUCUAACAUCAUCUCUUGCGAUGUCAAACUCCGGUAUUAACCCACUAAUAUACGCUUGGAAGAACGCCGGUUUUCGAGCUGCUUUCGCGAAACUACUCCGAUGCAAGAGACCAGACACGUCAGAGUACCGUGGUUCGCCUGCACCGGAGCGAAAAAGGGGAUCAGUAGCACUUCGCGAAGGUUCCAUUACUCGGACAACGCCCGGUGGACUAACGAGUAUGGGCGGAAGACCGGCGAGGCUUCUUUACGUUGAACGUGAAACAGAUACAGCGAGGUGCAGGAUAAUUGAGAACGCCGGCUACAUGGACUCGGAGAGGGGAGACACGAACCCGUCUUACGCUCCAGAUGGACCCACUCCCGUGCACAGAUCUGCCACACGACCGCCCGACGUAGUGUAGUGAUUGAAUGAACAAUGAACGUUCAGUGGGAAACGUGAAACGCUUCUAGAUUUUAAAGUUGUUAGUGACUGUAGGUACCCCACUCGCAUUUAGGUACCUAACUGUUCAAGUCUACGCUCAAGUUUAUGAAAGCUUUAUUGUUAAAUUUUUAUUGAAAAAUUCUAAUAAGUUCCCUGCCGUAUGGAAAAUUUUAAUAUAAAGA